ACUUCGCUAAUCAUUUUGAAGAUUUGAAUAAAAUUGUCAAACAUAAAAACACAUCAUAUUCUUGAAACUUGCCAGUCAUUGCCAAACCGUUUGUGUAGGUUGAAAAUAACUGAUCAGAAAAGUUGUUAUCAAAAAAUACUCUACGGCCAAGAUAUGAAGUUUUAUAUUUUAGCAAUACUUACUUUAGUUGUUCAAGCGAAUAUACUGGAAGCUGUUCCAAUGAACCGUUGGCACAACGAGGACGAAGCUUGUGUAGACAAAUACCCAGAAGAAGAGUGCAAAAAGCACGCGGCACACGAAGGAUAUUGUGAUUAUGAAAAAGAGUUUAUGGAAAAGAAUUGUAAAAAAACCUGUGGUUAUUGUUUACCUCAAGCACCCGUUGCUGGCAUUGGCGCUGCUUGUGAAGAUAAGUUACCAGGAUGUAAGAACCACUCGGCCAUUGACGGAUAUUGUGACUAUCAUGCUGAAUUUAUGAGGAAAAAUUGCCCAAGAAGCUGCGGUUUCUGUCGACAACUAGCUCCUCCCGUCAAUACUAAAAUAUUGUAUUGGAAGACCACACCCUGGAAUGAGUGCAUAAACGGCAAACAAAGUCGUGGAGUUCAAUGUUUUCAUGUGUAUCAAGGCAAAGAUUAUCAAGUUGAUCUGAAAUAUUGUCGAGAAGCGAUAAAGAACGAAGCUGAACCAGCUGACGAAAGAAGUUGUUAACAAUGGUUGAUUCAACUGGCAUUCUAACUUAAUUUUAAGUUCUGCAAUUGUUUUUGAGUUUAUUUUCUGUUGAGGAUAUAAAUGGAAAUAAAGAUUUUUGCCUUUUUUUUGUGGCA